AUGAGCGGAGCCCGCCCUCUCACGAUUCACUUCUGCCAGCCGAGGCGAAACAGUCGGAAGGCCUUUCGCAGAGAUCGCCCUUCCCCUCGCAAAGAACGUGAACGCUUAGACCUCGAAGUUGUUGCGGCGACGAGCGAUGAACCCACGCAUGGAGUCGAGGCGACGGCUGCAACAGAUGCACCAAAGCUUUUCCACGUUGGGGUGCCUAGGGGCCUAGGGGAGAGGCCGCCACAUACGCUACUUCUAGCGAGUCUGAAUCAGAAGGUCACGGCGGUCACGGGCCUGAAAGCCCAAGAGGUGAACCUCGCGGUGCUUGAAGCUUCUUGGGCGAGCCAGCUCUGCUGCAUUGCAGACGCCCUUGCUAGCGGAGCACCAGCGUUGGUUGGCCUUUGCGCCUUGCUCGUCUCGGAGACUGCCUUGGUUCACUACACGCCUCGACCCAAAGGCACAGCUUCACCUGUGCCUGAGCCAAGCGGAGCACAGGCUAUUGAUGAGAAGUACUGGAAGCGGCGGUACAACUAUUUCGCGCGCUUUGACGAAGGUGUACGAAUGGACUUAGGAGCUUGGUUCGAGGUGACCCCUGAGAGCGUUGCGCGACACAUUGCAGACCGCCUUCAAUAUGACAGGGUCGUUGAUGGAACUUGUGGUGUCGGUGGCAAUGCAAUUCAGUUUGCAAUGACUUCGGGGGCUGUCGUGGCUGUGGACACUGAUUCACAGCGUUUGGAAGAUGCCAGGCACAACGCUGGCAUCUAUGGCGUGGCCGACCGAAUCUCCUUUGUGCAUGAUGACUUUGUCCAUUUUGCAGAGACUUACAAAGGGCCAAAGAUUGACGCCGUGUUCUUGUCGCCUCCAUGGGGCGGACCUGGACACUUGGAUUGCCCACACUUUUCCUUGCGAGAUGUCGAGGUCCCUGAUAUAGUGCUUCUCUUUGCCGCGGCUACGAAGCUGAGCAGUCGAGUGGCGCUGUAUUUGCCUAGGCACACAGACCUUCACGAAGUGGCUAUUUUGGCUUCGCACUAUGGUUAUCCUGCAGUUGAGGUGGAGAAGGUCUUCUUCCAACAUCCAACUCCCCAUCUCAAAUUGGUGGUUGUAUACUUCUCUCCAGAUGCGCUCGAGCAAGGCAUUCCCAAGAAAAUCGCCCAGAAGACAGUUGGGCCUAAAACCCGGCCUCAUCAAAGUCGGCCUCAAGUUGCGUCAGGUCCAAUUCCAGACUUGCUGAGCUCGAACAUGUCAGGAGUGUUGCUGCGGGCAGUCUACUGUCGGAGUUACCUUGGAAGAUUUGUGGUCCGCCUUGCGAUGCAGAUGCAAGAACUUGAGGCAGGUGAGAAACGUGAAGGUGGUGCGAACUCUGAAGGCCGAAGCUUCGUAAACAAAGGGCGUGGGAGAGCAGCUCAGAGAGGUCAGCCCAGACAAGCACGGCUCAAGCCGCCAUCCAGUGACAGCCAAAAGGCAUCCCCAUCAAGCUGUGGCCAAGCAUGGCACCUGGCAUCCCAAACUUUCAUUUUGGUAGACUUGGUAGCCUGCCAAAAAGGCUGUUCUGAUGAAUUCUGA